AUGACCUGGGUCCCUCAACCUCCCCCAAAAGAGGAGUGUUUCAAAACCUUGAACAAAGCCCUCGAGCUAGGCGCAAAUUUCUGGAACGGAGGCGAACUCUACGGCACUCCACAAUACAAUUCCCUGCAUAUUCUCAAUAAGUACUUCACCUUGUACCCGGAAAAAGCAAGCCAAGUCGUCCUCAGUAUUAAGGGCGGGUUGAGGCCCGGUCUGCUUGAUGCGGAUGGCUCGGAGGCAAAUAUCCGUCGCAGCGUGGAUGAGUGUCUGCGGGUGUUGGAUGGGAAGAAGACGAUUGAUAUCUUUGAAUGCGCGCGACAGGAUCCCAACACCACUGUGGAACACACGGUGACGGUGUUGGCGAAGCUGGUGAAGGAGGGUAAAAUUGGGGGGAUUGGACUGAGCGAGGUUGACGCGGAGACAAUUCGACGGGCUCACAAGGUCCAUCCGAUCGCCGCUGUCGAGGUCGAGCUGUCUCUAUGGGAUAUUUCUAUUCUCCAGAACGACGUUGCCAAAGUAUGUGCGGAGCUUAAUAUCCCCGUCGUGGGGUAUUCGCCUCUGGGUCGAGGCGUGCUGGUGGGUGCCUUCACCAAGGUAUCCGAGAUCCCCGAGGGCGAUUUGCGGAGGCAUUUGCCUAAGUUUCAGGACGCGGCAAUGCAGCAGAACAUUAAACUCGUCAAUGAAGUGAACAAGCUGGCCACUCGGAAAGGAGUCGCCCCAGCCCAGAUCGCAUUGGCUUGGGUUCUCAGUUUGAGUGGCCGACCGGGAAUGCCCACCUUUAUCCCGAUUCCCGGCGGCACGACAGUUGACAAGGUUACACAGAACAUGCAAGGAGUUCCUCGCCUCUCCGACGCAGAGUUGGCUGAGAUCGAUGCCAUCCUGAAACAACACGAAGUUGUUGGGAAUCGGUACUGA